AUGUCCGACGCGAUGUACAACCCCGCCGCCUCGCAGACGUACGACAACGACGACUACAAGCCGGGCUCGGACGACGUCCCCGACGUCCGCGCCAACGUCCGCGGCGGCGCCGAGCAGGUUUCCGCGCUCGAUGCCGAGCGCGAGGACCGCAUGGCCGCUGAGAGCGACGCCACGGGCCGUAUCCCCAAGGGUGAGGCGCAAGCCCUCGUCUCGGAGCUCACGCCCGAGGAGCGCGACGUGUCCGGCCGCACGCGCGGUGUGAAGGUCGAUGCGUUUGAGCAGGAGAGGAAGGUUGAUCAGCAGGUUGAUGAGGCUAGCAGUGGUCGGGACGCGUACAACUCUGGGUUCUGA